UCAUUCAUCGAAUAAGAACCGAACUCUGUCCGGCGAGAAUAGAAUAAAAACAAACCUUUCCCCACGAAGAAGUGUGUAGAACGGCACGGCAGAUGGACGCGACUUUAUUAGACCGGUUGAUGUUUACCCUUUGUUUGGUGAUUGGAUUCGCCACAAUUGUCCGCGGACAAUACGAAACAAACCAAUGGCCAAAUCGGAGCACCAUAGUGCACCUUUUCGAGUGGAAGUGGAAUGACGUGGCGGAUGAGUGUGAACGAUUCCUGGCACCUAAAGGAUACGCAGGUGUUCAGGUGUCACCACCGACCGAGAACGCGAUAGUGUACGAACCGAAACGUCCCUGGUGGGAACGGUAUCAACCCAUUUCGUAUAAUCUGGUUACUCGGUCAGGCACCGAACAGCAGUUUGCCGAUAUGGUUCGACGGUGUAACAAGGUUGGAGUUCGCAUCUAUGUGGAUUUGGUUAUAAACCAUAUGGCGGGAGCUACGGCAAACGGAGGAACUGGUGGUUCGCGAGGUAAUGCAGCGAAGAUGGAGUUCCCAGCUAUUCCUUACGGGAGAAAUGAUUUUCACGAUCCAUGCUCGAUUAAAGACUAUAGUAAUGCUUGGGAGGUACGAAACUGCCAACUUGUUGGUUUACCGGAUCUCAAUCAGCGCUCACAAUGGACUCGUGAUAGGAUAGUUGAUUUGAUGAAUAAGUUUAUAAAUCUCGGGGUUGCUGGAUUCCGGGUGGAUGCAGCAAAACACAUGUGGCCUGAGGAUCUUCGGGCUAUCUAUGCACGUGUUGAAAAUCUAAAUGCUUCACAUGGCUUUAAAGAGGGUACCCGCCCUUUUAUAGCUCAAGAAGUCAUUGAUUUGGGAGGAGAAGGUAUUAGUAAAAAUGAAUAUACCGAUUUGGGGACUGUAACAGAAUUUCGAUUCUCCGCUGAAAUCGGACGCGCUUUUCGCGGUGGAAACCUUUUGAAGUGGUUGAAAAGUUGGGGUCCGGAAUGGGGAUUUUUGCCAUCCGAUCGUGCGCUGGUGUUCGUUGACAACCACGACAAUCAACGUGGACAUGGCGCUGGUGGAGCCGAUAUACUCACGUACAAGCAACCCAAAGGCUAUAAAAUGGCAUCGGCAUUUAUGCUAGCGCAUCCAUACGGAAAUACGCGAGUUAUGAGCUCAUUUGCCUUUGAUGGUUCGGAUCAGGGACCGCCUCAAGAUGCCGCUGGGAAUCUCAUCUCGCCGAGCAUUAGACCUGAUGGUAGUUGUGGAAAUGGAUGGAUUUGUGAACAUCGAUGGCGACAAAUUUACAACAUGGUUGGUUUUCGAAACGUCGUGGCAACAACAAAACUGUCUGGUUGGUGGGACAAUGGUAAUCAGCAGAUUGCCUUCUGCAGAGAGAGGAAAGGAUUUGUGGCGUUCAAUCUGGAUAGUGUUGAGCUGAAUAAGGAUUUGCAAACUUGUUUACCCGCUGGGACUUACUGUGACGUAAUAUCGGGCAAUUUGAAUCGAGGAACCUGCACCGGUAAGCAAAUCAUCGUUCAACCGAACGGUUUUGCUAAGGUGAUUAUCCCGGCUGAUGCUGAAGAUGGGAUCAUCGCCAUUCAUAUUGCUGCCAAGCUAUGACACCGGACAGUUCCCUGUUACUUUUACCGCGCUCAGUAUGGUUCUUUCUUGUGUGCGAGUUGUCUUGAGCUAUUCAAUCAAUUGAAUAAAACCGACAUUACCGGAUGAACGUUUACUAGUUUCCCACAUUCGA